AUGAGAAAAAAAAUGCAGAAGAUGCACAGACACAAAUUGUUAUAUGAGGAUGUAUUGAAAUAAGUGGAGAAAGAGGAUGUAUGAUAAUUAUUAGUAUUUAAGGUGGCAUUUUUUAGUAAAUGUACUAAAUUCAGAGAUUAACCACCUUAACCAAAUACUUUGGAUAGAGCUCUUUAAUUUUUAUGGUUAAAAGAAAAGGUAAAAGAUGCUUAAUUAAAAGAGUCUUAGAAGAUUGAUAGAAAGGUAGCAUUGCAAUUUGGAUAGAGAAGAGUAUGUAAAAUAGACUCUACUUUGAAACAUGAUGGUCCAUCAAGUGCUCGUAUUAUUAAGACAAUAAAGACAGAUUAAGGGAUGAUUAAUGGUUGGUAUAAUGGUUCUGGAGAUUCUAAAUUCGAUUUGGGUCCAUAGUAUAAUACAAAAUAACUGGAAAAAAAUAAUGAAGAAAUAGAGUAUGAAGAAUUAAUAAAGUAAGAUCAAUAGAGUCCAAGUGAAUAUAAGAUUAAACUUAAUCAUUAAGAUAUAUAUAAUAAUGAGAUAAGUGAGAAAUAUUCAUUCAGUAAUUUAGAAACUAAAUAAUUGUUAUAAAAAUUAAAUGAAUUAAAAUAAAUAAAUAAACAAAGGAAUGAAUAACCUUAAGAAUAUGUAGAAUUGGAAGGAUAAAGAUUUUAUCAUGUUUUAAAUGAUCUAUAAGAUUAUUUGGAUAAAAAGAUAGACAAUAAAACAUUAAUAUAAGAAAUGAGAGCAUUUUAAACAUUUUAUCCAAUUAAAAGAAAAUUGUAAGUUAAAUAAUUAAAUCCAGGGGAUUCUUUAUCUUAAGGAAUUGAAUCAUAAAUAGAUGGUACUUAAAAAGCAACUUUUAGAUUAUUUAAUAGGACUAGAACUAUUGCAAAUAUGAAAUGUGAUUUGUUUAAUACUAAUAAUUAUGUGUUUAAUGUUAAAGAAGUUCCUAAUAUUGGAUAAUAAUUGAGGAGAAAUCAUUUUUCAUAAUUAAUAGAAGAAUUAAGAGAAAAUGGAAUGAAAACACCUCGAGAAAUAAAUGAAGUAUCUCUGGAAAAUUCUAUUAAAGGUUCAUAACUAGAAUCUAGUGAAAAUGAUGUUAAAUAGAUUAGAAAAUUUUAUUUAAAAUUUCCAAAAUAAAAAGGGGAAUUAAGUCAAACAACUUCUUGUACAAAAAGUUAAAGAAUUGGUACUUUGUAAUCCUAAAUAUCAAAUUAAUAUCUAUAAUAACCAUUGAAAACUUUUAUAAGUAAUAUACAUGGAAGUAGUACAGAAAUAAAAUUAGAAAAUCCUGGAAAGUUUAAGAAUAGAUUAGAUUCUAGAAUCAAUAAAUAUGUAAAAUAGUAUAUAAAGAACUAAAAUGUUAUUUAAUAAAAUUAAAAUGUUGAUAUGACAAUAUUAAAGGAAAAAUAUAAAGUAAUAUGUUAAUUAAUUAUUUAAGUCUUUAAAAACUGAAAGAGAAAAAGAAAUUACAAGAAUGUAUAAAAGUUAGUAAAUUGAAGGAAUUAAUAAUAAAACUGUGCAUUUAUAGUGA